GCAUAACAAAAACCAGGUCAAGUGAGUCGUAAAAAUUUUCCACUCCCAUUCCCUCUGCGUCUCUCUCUUAGUCUUCAAACAUAAAAUUUUAUUAGAAGAAGCACUCUUUUGCUCUGUUUCUCUCGUUGUAGCAUAAGAUCAAGAUCAACUGUUCUUCAACCAAAAGGGAAAAAGCUGCUUGGAACGUUGCACUGAUAAACAAUCAAGCUCAGUUGAAGAGUAGAGUAACUUCGCAUUGGUGUUCUUGAAGGUUCCCCCAUUUGCUCCCUAAGGUGCUUAUGGGAGAUAAUUGUUUUUGCGAGCAUCUGACCUUUUAAAUCAAUUACAAGAGAGAAUACAGAUAUGGGCACCAUACACCGCAGUGGAGUUUUUAAGAAAACAAAUGAUAAAGCCAGGCUCGUUAUCGCAACAAUUCUUGGAAUUGUGAUUGGAUUCUUUAUUGGUGUUUCAUUUCCGUCAGUUUCCGUUUACAAGAUUCACUUACCUUCAAACCUUAGAUCGUCUUUUGAUGCAUCCAGAGCUAAUGACCAAGACUUUAUAGUCAGGUCUCCUGAGAGAACUGCAGACAAUCUUCCUAAGAUAUAUGUUCCUACAAAUCCUCGUGGCGCAGAAUUGUUACCUCCUGGAAUUGUCGUUCCAGAAUCUGACCUUUACCUGCGCAGGUUAUGGGGCGAACCUAGUGAGGAUCUGAAGAAGAAGCCAAAGUAUUUAGUGACAUUUACAGUUGGCUUUGAUCAGAGGAGUAAUAUAGAUAAAUGUGUUAAAAAGUUUUCUGAGGAUUUCCAAAUUUUGCUUUUUCAUUAUGAUGGCCGGACAACUGAGUGGGACCAAUUUGAGUGGUCAAAGAAUGCAAUCCAUGUUAGUGUAAAGAAGCAGACAAAAUGGUGGUAUGCGAAAAGGUUUUUGCAUCCAGAUGUUGUCUCUGCUUAUGAAUACAUCUUCAUCUGGGAUGAAGACCUGGGAGUGGAACACUUCAAUGCUGAGAGAUACAUAGAACUUGUCAAGAAGCAUGGUCUGGAGAUCUCACAACCAGGUUUGGAGCCCAAUAAUGGAUUGACAUGGCAGAUGACAAAGAGGAGAGGUGACAGAGAAGUUCACAAGUUUACUGAAGAGAAACCAGGCUGGUGUAGUGAUCCGCAUUUGCCACCAUGUGCUGCCUUUGUGGAAAUUAUGGCGCCCGUAUUUUCUCGGGAAGCUUGGAGAUGUGUAUGGUAUAUGAUUCAGAAUGAUUUGGUGCAUGGAUGGGGAUUGGAUUUUGCUCUCAGAAGAUGCGUAGAGCCUGCACAUGAAAAAAUCGGUGUGGUAGAUUCACAGUGGAUUAUUCAUCAAGUAAUCCCUUCUCUUGGUAGCCAGGGCAAAUCAGAGGAUGGUAAACCUCCAUGGGAAGGGGUUAGAACGAGGUGCAAAAAAGAAUGGUCGAUGUUUCAGAACCGACUCGCAAAUGCAGACAAGGCGUACCUUGCUCAGCUUGGAAAGGAAUAAUUAUUUCCUGUCUAUUUUUAUUUUAUUGAUUUCUUUUACCCCAAUCCCUCCCUGAUUUUCAACCCCGUUUGUACAUGUAUAAUAUCUCACCUGACGUUUGUUAGGGUUCAGUUUGGGUGACAUUUUAUUUUAUUUUUGCUGAACGAGGGUGGACUCAUUUACCUGAGCCACAUUUUUUUGUACGUUAAGAUUUCCACAGCUAUAGAAAAGGGGGAGUAAUUUUUUUA